AAUAAUAGGAUAUUUAUCUUCGUCUGAUUACACCUUUAUUAUAAUUUACAUCAUAACCUUGUGAAACUGAGAACCAUACGUGAAACUAGUUUCGUCUGUCUCACUGUCUGUAGCUAUAGAGCUACAUUACAUAUUAUGAUACCUACGUCUACUUAGAUUUCAUCAGUAUCGUUCUAGGAUUCACGUUGGUCGGUGAUCGAUUUAAUACCUCCAAUAAUCAAUGAAAUAAUUAACCAUGUGGUUGUUCGUUGUUGUGAUUUUUGUGUUAUUUUUAUACAUUUAUAAAAUAACUUCACCGUCUCGAAGAAUUUAUGAAUUCGCCGAAAAGAUCCCGGGUCCUAAAUAUUAUCCAAUUAUUGGUAGUACGAGGGUAUUUAAUCAGAAAAAAUCCAAUAUAGAAAUAGUCAAAGAAUUAUAUCAGGAGUACGGUCCAAUCUUUCGUAUUUGGAUAGCAAAUAAAGCCAUUUUUGUUCUCAGUGAUCCAGAUGAUAUUGAGGUUUUUUUGUCGAGUACAAAAUAUCUGGAUAAAUCAUUCUCAUAUCGACUGUUGGACUCGUGGCUAGGUGAUACGAAUUUGCUAACGAGUAAUGCGGAUAUUUGGCGAUCGCAUCGUAAAUUAUUGACACCAUCGUUUCAUUUCAAAAUUGUUGAAAAGGCUGUCCCUAUGAUGUUUAGAAAUGCCAAGAUUCUCUGCGAUAAGUUGGAAGCGGAAAUCGAUCAGUCUGCGUUGAAUGUUGAAAAAUACGUUGAGAAGUCCACUUUGGAUAUCAUUGGAGAAAUUGCCAUGGGAAUUAAAUUAAAUACACUUUCGUCUGUAAAUAACGAUUAUCUGGAUAGUAUUAAAGUGUUAUCUACGUCACUCCUGAAUCGUUUCUUGUCUCCUUGGCUGCAGUCUGAAAUUAUGUUCAAAAUUUCCAAAAGCGGACGCGACUAUUUCAGUAAUCUUAAAGUUAUCAAAGACCAAGGCCAGAAGGUAAUACAGGAAAGAAAAAAAUUAUUACAAGAAAAUCACAAAGUAUUCGAUGAAAAUGACGAGGAUGAUGAUGAUGGCAGAAAGAAACUCAAGCCAUUUUUAGAUUUUAUAUUAACUCAAGCAAAUUUCAACGACACUGAAAUCGAAAACGAAGUGCAAGCGUUUAUGUUCGCAGGCCAUGAUACAACUAAAUCUGCUAUAUCAUUUUGUCUCUAUUGUUUAGCAAGUCAUCCAGAAAUUCAAGAUAAGGCAGUAAAAGAAAUCCGAGAAACUUUAUUGAACGGAGCAGGAGAACCCACUUAUAACGAUUUCCUCAGCUUGAAAUAUGUAGAAAAUGUUAUCAAGGAAUCAAUGCGAUUAUAUUCUCCAGUGCCAUUCAUUUCAAGAAAGAUCGAUCAAGAUGUUCAAUUACCAAGUGGUUAUGUGCUCCCAGCUGGUUCCUAUGCUGAUAUCAGUAUAUUUUUAACUCAUCGUAACGAUAAGUAUUUUGAAGAACCGAAUAAAUUUAUACCUGAACGGUUCGAGGAAAGAGACAGCAAAAGGAAUCCGUACGCUUAUAUUCCGUUCAGCGCAGGACCACGAAAUUGCAUAGGUCAAAAAUUCGCCAUGUUGGAGAUGAGAAUCAUUAUAGCUAUGCUAUUGCUCAAAUAUCGAUUUAAAAUUGAUGAAAAUGCUGAUCCAGUUAUAAUUGAAAGCAGUUUAGUGUUAAGAACUAGAAAUAAGUUACCUGUCAAAAUCGAACGUCGAAAAAUUGAGUGAAAUUUAUGAAUAUUUUUCCUUUCAUUUUUAUUUUAUAUAAUUAAUUUUAAAUUUUUCUAUUAAAAUAUUUCGUAAGA